UUUUCUUCCUCAGCCCGUGUGCAGUCCUGGCUCCUGGCAAGUCCCCGGGCUGCUGGGUCAAUGCAGCCCUGUGUGCCAGCCUGGCAGCCUUGCCACCCCCACCCUCGGCCCCCAUUGGCUGCCACAGCCUGCAGUGGGCUGCACUGGGUUCAUCCGUCCUCCCUGGGCAGAGGGAAUAAGAGGUUGCCCUGCGUACCAGUCCUGCCGCCCAGGACCCACCGCAGAGAGGAGGCCUGCAGCAAGGACACGAGGAAGCCUGAGACGAGGAGGAGGAUGUCUGAGCUGGAGAAGGCCAUGGUGGCCCUCAUCGAUGUUUUUCACCAGUAUUCCGGAAGGGAGGGAGACAAGCACAAGCUGAAGAAAUCCGAACUGAAGGAGCUCAUCAACAAUGAGCUUUCCCAUUUCCUAGAGGAAAUCAAAGAACAGGAGGUUGUGGACAAAGUUAUGGAAACUCUGGACAAUGAUGGAGACGGCGAAUGUGACUUCCAGGAAUUUAUGGCCUUUGUUGCCAUGGUUACCACUGCUUGCCACGAGUUCUUUGAACAUGAGUGAGAUUAGAAAGCAGCCAAGCCGUUCCUGUAACAGAGAUGGUCACACAAGAAAGCAGACAGCAAGGGUUUGCAGCCUCUAGGAGCUGCGCUUUCCAGCCGUGUUGUAGCUAAUUAGGAAGCUUGAUUUGCUUUGUGAAUGAAAAAUUGAAAACCUCUUUCCAAAGGCUGUUUUAACAGCCUGCAUCAUUCUUUCUGCUAUAUUACGCCUGUGUGUAAGCUGACUGGCCCCAUGGACUCUUGUUAACAGUCACUUAGGAGUCAGUUGUCAGUGAUAAAGCGCACACCGUGUAGCCCGCCAUGGCCGUGUAGACCCUACCCUGGAGGGAACCCUGACUACAGAAAUUGUCCCGGGGCACCCUGGAGGCUUCCAGUACCUUUAAAAAACAAAGCCUUAUCCAACAUCAUCUGAAAA